UGAUCAGUCAACUGCUCGGCCCUGUCCCAUUGACAGUGUCGCAAUGCGCUCCUGAUCAUCCGAGGUGUGAGAGAGAAGGGGAAUGAUUUCGUCGUCUUCCCCAAUCCCAUGCCUGUGGUGCGCUUGCCUCUUGGCCCUUUCCUUUGAUCAUGAGCAGCCCAAUUCCAUAUGAUCCCGAAGACGACGACGACGCAUCGGAUUUCAAGCUCGAGAUUCAACAGUCCCAAACCAGCGCCCCCGUACCGGCCCCUCCAUUCGACGGUCCCACUUCGUCCUCGAACCAUCCACCUGCACAACCCUCGAAUGUGACGCGCCGAUCGACCAGGGGCACGCGAGCCCAGGCGCUAGAGGAUUUACAAUCAUCGCUGCCCAGAACAUCCGUGGAGGCAUAUUCCGACGUGCUUGCGAAAACUACCGAAGGCCAUGCGCCUGUUCCUGCGACCAUUGGUGGGGAAAACUACAGGGCCACACAAAACGGAAUCGUGACAUGGACUCCGAAGGAAAAGGAAGUGCUAUAUGCCGUUUUGGAUAGAAAGGGCAAGGAUGGGAUCCAGGAGAUUUCCCGCCAGCUCGGCACCAAAUCGGAGCUGGAGGUUCAGGAGCACUUGAAACUGCUCCAUGCGGGCCUGGAAAGGCAGCACCUCAAGGACCGCCAUACCAGAACGGUCAUUCUGGGUGAUGUCCCCGCGGCGGCCGAGAUCAGCGAGGAAUGCUGCGAUGCGCUCGAUCCCUAUGCCGAGCUAGCUGCAUUGGAGGAGCAGCUGGCGGAGGAUGUCGCCGGGAAACAAAAGCACCAUGACCUAUGGAUAAUAGAUCGCAAAACAGCCGAAGAGCUGGGACGGGAAAUCAAAUCCCAGGGCGCGGAUCCAGGUGCCAACUCAAGCGCACAUCUCACGGCCGAACUACUGAACGUGAAGAAGUGGAUCCGGCUGUCCGAACGCUUUUUCAUGAAUUUCGGGGGUACAAGGCUGGAAGACAAUUGGGCCAAUGUUGCCUUUGCGGGCGAGACCCCAUCCAUGACGGCGGAUGCGUUGGCGGACUUUUACGCCCUGACCGUUAGUUUGACGCGCCGCUUGGUGCAGUCGACUCUCUUCUUCGCCAUGUCCAGGCGGCGGAAUAUGCGACAGACUGGCAACGAAAAGGCGAACGUCGUGAGGUCUCGCGAUGUGCAGACGGCGGUGGACGUGCUUAACAUGCAACGGGGCCACUCCGACUUCUGGGUCGGCCUAGCGCGGAGAUGCAGCCUACGGGUUGAAGAUUCUCGUCACCGAAAGGGGUGGAAGGCGGUGCACAUGGAGCAUGAUGAGGUUGAGGAUAUAUUAUCUGGACAGGUGCCUUUUGAGACGGAGACUGGUGAAAGAAGCGUUUCAAAAGGGAGACCAGCAAGUCGUGCGGAGCAUACAGAUUUCGAGGAUGAAGACUCCGACGAGAUCGAGCCGUCCUCCCCGGUCUCGUCCGUACCCUCUUCGCCGUUGUCAUCUCCGUUGGAAGAAGAGCCAAUGGAUCCCGAGGAUGACCAUGCGGAGCAGGUGGACGAACAGAUGAGUCGCCUCGAGGAAGUGGAUCUCUGGAAGCUCAUUGGGCAGUCGCCACAAGCUCUCGAAGCGCAACUCCAGGCAGAUGAAGCGCGCGGUGCUCACCGGCGGAAGCCGACUGGGGAGCGCAAAACGAUGGGAGACUUGGUUGAUUGGCGCGACAGGACGUUCUAUCGCAACGAGUGGGAGGAAUAUGGACAUGAUAUAGUAAAUCUCUACGAUGAGCUUUCAGAGAACCGACGGAAACGGCAACGUGUCGACAAACAAGCAGAUGAACAGCCGUCAUCGGUGCCGAUUCUUGAGCAUUACUCUCCAGUGCGGACUGCCAGUGUGGGGCACGAGGACGAUGAUCAUGAAAAUGACGACGGCGAGGGAAAUGAUGAUGAAAAUGAUGGUGCGGGAGAUGAUGAGGGAGACGACGAGGAUAUCGAUGAGGAUAUCGAUGAGGGAGAUAAUGAGGAAAACGAUGAGGGAAACGAUGAGGAAAUGGCCAUGGACGAGCCAGCACCAGCGAAACCUGAGAUUGAAGAGGACGACCACGAUGAUGAAACAGACGACGAUGAAGGCGGCGAGGAACACUAUCUGGAUAUGUCAAUGAACGACUCAACACCAGCCAAGUAUGAAGUGGCAGAGACUCCCGAAAAAGACGCAACACCAGAAGAAGAAAGUCCGGUAUCUGCGGUUGCAACCCGCCUAAUUCACGACUUCCAGAACGGCCAUAUAGAACCAACGCAUACACCACGCAGAACAUCCCGAGACACGGGAUCAAGCGUAGUGUCAACCCCAUCCAAGCCCAGAGAAACAGUCAGACGGAGCGCUCGCCUUCGGCAGGCGGCCCAGACAGCACCAGAUGACGAUAUAUCGUCCAGCUCGGACGAUAACCUACCCGAUACACACGAACAUGAUGUGUCGUCCUCGGAAGAAGACGACGAAGGGGGGAUGCCAUUGUAUUCUCAUCCAAUGAGCCCAGCUGAUUCAUCGGAAUGAAUCCGCCCGGUAUGAGAUAUUGAUUUUGGUUACCCGCAUAUAGAUUCUUGUAUAUAUUGGCUUUCGGGAUACCUGCUUGUAUGUUUUGAUUAGAUACCUGGCCGCAUGGCAAUAGACUACCUC